UUCCGACAUUGUUCUUUUCUCUUUUUUCUAGUUGAAUUCAGACAUGUGGAAGAGAAGAAGGGGGUUCAGGUCGACAUGGCAGGGAAUAGGAGAUAAUCUGGAUGCGAGCUGAGAAAUUGGUGGAUUAAAUUGGUUUUUCUCGCUUUUUUUAUUUUUUUUUUAUUUUAAUCUGCGCUUGGCUUUGGCCGGUGCGGUGCGUCUACGUGCUCUGCUGUGAAGAUUGCGAUAACAAAUCUCUGCCAAAAUAGACAGAUACUGCUGUAUAUUUUCUUAAAAAGACAUAUAUCGACCUUAUAUAAGACUCUUGAUACGAACUGACUUAAUUGACUGUUUCUGCCUAAACUGCUGACUGCGGACUUCUCUCCGGUCUUGCGCGAUUAUUAGCGUAAUCCCCGAUAUCUCCAGCUCUUAUAAGCACGACCCCUCCUCCCCCACAUCCAUGCCUCCCUCUCUCCUCAGCAACAAUCAGCCAUGUCCUUCCCCGAGUCGAAUCUCACUUACAAGAUCCUGAAAGCCGCUACCGAGGGCAACUACGCUGUUCCCGCGUUCAAUGUCUACAACACCGACGCCCUGCUCGGCGCGAUCCGUGCCGCAGAGGAACUGAAUGCGCCGUGCAUGGUCGAGGUCUUUCCAUGGUCGCUGCAUUUCCAAGGCGGAGAAUUCAUCAGGUUUGCUGCUGAGGCUUGUCACAACGCCAAGGUACCGAUCGCGUUGCAUCUCGACCAUUGCUUGGAGGAAGAGGACAUCAACACCGCGCUCGAGUUGCCGUUCGACUCCAUCAUGGUCGACGCGGGGACCUCAGAUCCAGACACGAAUAUCGCAUUUGUGGCGUCGGUUGUCGGGCGCGCUGCGGCAAAGGGCAUCACGAUCGAGGCGGAGAUGGGCAGGAUCAAUGGUAGCGAAGACGGGUUGCCGCCUGUGAAUAUGGAGGAGCUUUACACCGACCCUGAGUACGCUGCCGAGUUCAUGACGAGAACUGGUGCGCAUUUCCUGGCUCCUAGUUUUGGAAACGUUCAUGGUCCUUAUCCCGAGGGCGGACCGCUCAAGUACUGGCAGCUCGAUAGAAUCGCCAAAAUCAAAGAACUCUGCCCGUCCGAGAUCCCGCUGGUAAUCCACGGAACGAACCCGAUCGUGCAGCAACUGAUCGACAAGAUGAUCAACCUCGGCGCUCGAAAGAUCAAUAUGAACAGAAACUUGUAUGUUUAUUACCGCAAGUUCCUGGCUGAGAACUCGGAAACUCUUGAGAUGACAAAGUUGCAGGAGGGCGCGGUUGAGGCGUUUAAGAAGGGGGCGAUGGAGGGGUUGAGAAUUACGCACUGCGAUGGAAAGUACAUCAAAUAGUUGUAUUAAUCGAGUCUGUUUGCAUUCCGUGGUGUAGCCAAAAAACCAAAUCGAAUCCUAAACAGCUGACUUACAAAAUCAAUCAAGUAUUAGGAAGGAAAAAACACAAAACAUUUUGUAUACAAAAAGAUAAA